AUGGAAGAACUUCGGCGGGCGUGCCGUGAGGCGCUAUCACAGCGGGAUUCGACUUCGUCCACUUUCCCAGAAGCGCAGGUAGUAAAUAUUGCGCUUCCUGAAGAAUUAGAUCUGUUAUGGCAGGAUGUGUCAUCGCAAGGGAAUUCAAGCAAUCUAGAAGCCCGGGGUCCGAAGGAUCUGUGCCGUGCUGAUGAGCAUGCUGCAAACAGUAUCUAUUCCUGGGCAAGUGAUGCUGCACUUCCGUCUCCAGUCUAUGCUCAGAUAGAAGAAACAUCGGAUGAGAAGAAUGAUGUUAUCCUGGAAGACCAACUAAGGUCGAGGAUCGCCUUGUCAGUGCUUGCCACGUUGUCUGAAUCACUGCCAGUAUCCAAAGCGGAGAAUGUAGCAGACAUUGUCAUUGCAUUAGCCAGCUUCUCAUCUACGGAAGAUCCGUGGACAACUCAAGAAGCAUUCACAUAUGCGACUACAUUACUGAACGCGUUCGCUUCAACAACUGCUACCAACAAAGAAUCGAAUACUACAUUCUGGUCCGUAAUCGAAAAGAUCCUCAAAGACAGAAUCAGACCCCUCUUCGCAAAAACCAGAAACCCAGCCAUCACCUCCGCUGGGCGCAAGAACUUCCAUCCAGUCCCAUUACCCCGAUUCGACGCUGGCAUCCUAGACCCAGAAACCAAGCCAUGGAAGAUCCAAGAUAUUUACGCCACAGCCGUCCUCUCCUGGAUAAUCCAGCAAUAUAAACCCACCAACCAAACCAACCUUGAAACCCAUUUUCCCUUACUAGUCCCCCCUAUCCUAGCACUAAUAGACGACGACACAAGCGCCAUCAAAACAAAAGGCUGCACCCUCCUCAGAAACCUCCUAACCCCAAUCCAACAAACCAAAUCCCCAAUCCUCCACCGCACAAACCUAACCUCCGUCUUCGAAGACGCCCUAAAACCCUGCCUCCUCUCCCUCCCCACCAUAACCCCAGAGCCCGACUCCAUAGACCUCCUAAAAGAGGCCUACCCAGCCCUCCUCACCCUCCAAAAAACAACCUACACAAACACCCCCUCCCCGUCUCCUCAAUCUCAAUCCAAAACCCAACCCAACAAGCUCGAAACCUACAUUUCCCGUCUAACAACCACCCUCCGGGAAAACCUCAUCCCCUCAUUCCACCACAUCAGCUCAUCGAACACGACCUCGCUAUCCUCUGACUUCGCAUCAUUCCCGUAUCCGCGUCUCUCGACGCUGCUACUGGAGCAGAUGGUGCCUGUUCUGGGUGAGUUGGGUAUCCAUACGACGAAGUUCCUCCAGGAUAUUGUUCCGAUUUUGCAUAAUACGCUGGCGAAUCCGUUUGGACCGGCUUAUCCGCCGAUGCUUUUGCGUGCGGUGGAGGUUGCUAGGGGGGUGGUUUUGAAUGCGCAUCCGCGGGUGUGGAGGUGGAGGGGGGAGCUUUUGGAUGCGCUGUGCUCGUGCUGGAUUCAUGUUGUGGAGGAGGAGGGGGAGAUUGUAGAACGAGGUAAGAGGGGUGGUGAGAGUGAGAGUGAGGGUGCGGUUAUGGAGAGGCUCAAGAAGGAGUUGAGAGGUGUGGUUUAUUUGUUAAAGUUCGCUUUGCAGAAUUCAAUUCAAGUGGAUGGUGGUGAGGGUCAAUUGGAGGCGAAGGAGAAUCUGGACAAGGAAUUGCGAGAGUUGGUUGAUGCGGAUGAGAGUUUGAAAGGUCUUUUGUUGGAAGAUAUUGAUGCUAAUGAUGGGGGCUUUUUUGGGGAAGCCUAG